AUCCCCUAAACAAAUCCUUAAAGGCAAAGCAAACAUUAAAAAGAGGGAGGGGGGAAAGGAAGGCAAAGGCGAGGAGAGGAGGCUUGGAUCAAGGUGUCAAGAGCAGGACAGAAGAGGGCUAGUAACAUGACCAUUUUCGUUUGGUUUGUUUUCCUUGCUUCUCUUCUGAAGCACAUCAACUGCACUAGUCCACGCCGGGCUCCGGAGUCCAAUGGACGAAGGUAUAAUCGGAUUCAGCACGGACAGUGCACCUACACGUUCAUACUUCCUGAACAGGAUGGAAACUGUCGCGAAAGCUCUUCUGACCAAUACAACACCAAUGCGCUGCAAAGGGAUGCCCCUCACAUCGAGACAGAUUUCUCCUCCCAGAAACUGCAGCGGCUGGAGCAUGUCAUGGAAAAUUACACUCAGUGGCUACAAAAGCUUGAGAACUACAUUGUGGAAAACAUGAAGUCAGAAAUGGCUCAGCUGCAGCAGAACGCUGUCCAAAAUCACACAGCCACCAUGCUGGAAAUAGGAACCAGCCUUCUCAGCCAGACAGCAGAACAGACAAGAAAGCUCACAGAUGUUGAAACACAAGUUCUUAAUCAAACAUCCCGGCUUGAAAUCCAACUGCUGGAAAAUUCCUUAUCUACUUACAAGCUGGAGAAACAAUUGCUCCAACAGACCCAUGAAAUCUUGAAAAUCCAUGAGAAAAACAGUCUAUUGGAACACAAGAUUCUUGACAUGGAAGAAAGGCAUAAAGAGGAACUAGAUACGUUAAAAGAGGAAAAGGGGGACCUGCAAGUUUUGGUAUCUCGUCAAACCUACAUUAUCCAAGAACUUGAGAGGCAACUAAGUAAAGCAACAACCAAUAACAGCAUUAUGCAGAAGCAACAACUUGAACUCAUGGACACAGUCCAUAGCCUGGUCAGCAUUUGUUCUAAAGAUGGAGUUUUGCUAAAGAAUGUAAAAAAGGAAGAAGAGAAGCCAUUCAGAGACUGCGCAGAUGCAUACCAAGCUGGUUUUAAUAAAAGCGGUGUCUACACAAUUUAUGUUACUAACAUAUCAGAACCUAAAAAGGUUUUUUGCAACAUGGAGACUGCAGGAGGAGGUUGGACAGUAAUACAACACCGAGAAGAUGGGAGCCUAGAUUUCCAAAAAAGUUGGAAAGAAUACAAAAUGGGUUUUGGUAGCCCCUCUGGUGAAUAUUGGCUGGGAAAUGAAUUUAUCUUUGCAAUAACCACCAGUCAAAAACAUUACUCUCUAAGAAUCGAAUUAAUGGAUUGGGAAGGAAGUCGAGCUUACUCGCAAUAUGAUAGAUUUUACAUAGGAAAUGAAAAACAGAAUUACAGGCUGUAUCUCAAGGGUCAUUCUGGAACAGCAGGGAAACAAAGCAGUUUGAUAUUACAUGGUGCUGACUUUAGUACCAAAGAUGCUGACAAUGACAAUUGUAUGUGCAAAUGUGCUCUUAUGCUAACAGGAGGUUGGUGGUUUGAUGCCUGUGGCCCUUCCAAUCUUAAUGGGAUGUUUUAUUCAGCUGGACAACACCAUGGAAAAAUAAAUGGGAUCAAAUGGCAUUACUUCAAAGGUCCAAGUUACUCAUUACGUUCCACAACUAUGAUGAUCCGUCCCUUGGACUUUUAAAGAGGCAAUAAGAUAGUGGCCACCUGAAGGACACCUUGUGUAAUGUUUAGAAGCAGAAGGUGGAAACUCCCUGAAAAUGCUGAAUUCCAACAUCCUAGCCGUCUUUGGAUCUUAUUUCACUGGCUGCAGUAAACAAAGACAAGUCACUGUCCAACCUAGGGACAGGUGAAACUGUGGAUUAUGAAUAAUAUAAAAUAGCUUUUGUGGCUAUUCAGUGGACAACUUUAAGGUUCGGUUGCCACCAAUAAACUGGUAUCUUUUAACCAAAGCCUUUUUUGUUGUUGUUUUGCUUUGAACAAGCAGAAUUUUUUUUAAAAUAUAGGAAAUGCAAACCAAGUGGCCUUUUGAAAAAAAAAUACAGAAAUAAACUCUAAUGGAUGGCAGAAGAUGUUCGUCUGUCAAGAAAAUGGUAUCAACUCAAUGCAGAAGCACGACUGCUAUUUAUUUGUAGCCCCUUAAAAUGCAACUAUGGCCUUACAACCUGGCAUCAGAAAAUGGGAUUGAGAUAGAAAAAAAUAUCUUUAAUACCAGAACAAUAUGGAUUAUAUGAGUCAUUUCUCAUUAAAUCUACGUGAGACAUGGAGCAUCCUUCAAAGAGACAAUGAAUCAAGUUGGACAGAAAAAUAAGAGCAAUAGGUUGAGAAUUGUUAAUUGACCUGAAUGGCUAGGCUAAAAUUUGGCAGUCCAGAUAAUUGGGCUUUUCCAAAUAUUUCAACUAUGUUUGAUAGUAUGACAACAAAAGGGAUUAUUUUUCUUUCUGACUGCUACAGCUUUACUUUGCUUUAUAUGACAUUUCAGUAUGAACGUCAUAUGAAAAACAAAGAAAAAGAAAAAGCACAUCUUUUUUAAAAAAAAUGCAGAAUCAAGGUUAUUUGUACAUAGAUUUAUGACAUGGAUACACAAAUACAUAAACUAUGCAAAUAUCAUAACCAUGUAUUAACUGGAUUUACUUUAUCAGUCUUGCUGGUUUGCAUGUAAAUGUUACUAGUAAAUUGCUAGACUUUCACAUCUGCUAUUCAACCUUCAUUUGACAGAGUUCAACAGAAAACAAUGAGUUAUUUCCUAUAUUUAAUUUACACCUUUGGACAAUGGGUUGGAAAUUAAAGAAUACGAGAGAAGAAAGAAAUCACAGAUAUGGAUUGCAAAUGCCCUGAAUGGAAAGCAGUUAUAAUUGAGUGGAUCAAUUUAAAUGGGAAAACAAAACAUUAUUUUAAAUGAGUAGUACUAACAUGUAGUUCCCUACAUCGUGAUCUACA